UGCCCGGAGGCGUGCGCGCUGGUCGCUGUCUCCUUGGGGCCUCGGUGGCCGGCCCUGGGCUGCGUAUUUCUGCGUCUGGUUGGGCGGCGCGACGAUGUUGGGGGAUCCGGGUGACGUGCCGGCUGAGGGGAGAGAUUGAACCUAGGCGUCCUCUACCACUGAGCUACAUCCCGGUAUCCAGGUCCUUUUUUGCUUUGAAAUAGGGUUCCCAAGUCGAUGAAGCUGGUGUCAAACUUGCAAUGGAUCCUCCUGCCUCAGUCUGCUGACUCCCAAAUCUCUGGGAUUCAAAGUGCCUGUCUCCUUGCUGUUCUCUGUACUGGGUUUUCUGCACUGGGUUUUGUGGGGAAAAAUCUUCCGGUGCAUGGCAAAUCCUGGAUCCCCACCAUUAAGCCUGCUCAUGUGAAAUAAGGGAGGAGUUCCUGCAGUUAGAGAUCACUCACAGUGUAGAAGACCUUGCCAAGACCUUACCCCAGAUUUUGGGGCAGAGGCAGAAGAGACCAGAGCAGAACAGAUCUCACACUUGUGAAUCCUCUUGCACAGGCAACAGAAAAUGACCACAGUACAGGAAUCAUUCUCCUUUGAAGAUCUAUGUGUGGCCUUUAGCCAAAAGGAAUGGCUGUUACUGGGUCCCCAUCAGAAGGCCUUGUACAAGGAUGUCAUGCUGGAGAACUACCACAUCCUUGUGUCACUGGGCUAUGAAGUUAUGAAGCCAGACGUCAUCUUUAAGUUGGAGCAAGGCGAAGAGCCAUGGGUGGGAGAUGGAGACACUCCACGUUCAGACUCUGCAGAAGUCUGUCAAGUAGAUGGUCACAUGAAGUGGCACCAGGAUAACCAAGACAAGCUUAAAAAUGUGAAAAGAGGUCAUGAAUGGGAUGCAUUUGGAAAAAAUUUCAAUCCAAGUAUGAACGUUGUUCCUUUAAGUAAAUCAAAUGAUGAAGGUGACUUAGAUGGAUUGAUUUUGAGACAUCAUUUAGAUUUGCUUAUUCCAAGAACAGAUUAUGGAAGAAUGGAAUCAGAUGACUUGAAUGUAUUUAAUAAAUUGUUUCUCAAUACUGAACCUGAGGAAAGUGAUUCUUGGUUGAAAUACUAUGAAUGUGAUAAAUGUGGUAACAAUAGCUAUAAAAAGUCACAGAUUGUCAUUUUCCACAGAACUCGGUUAGGAGAGAAACUCUAUGAAUGCAGUGAAUGUAGGAGACGCUUUAGUAAAAAAUCCAGUCUCAUUAAACAUCAGAGCAGACACAUAAGGGAGAUAGCCUAUGGCUGUGGUAAAUGUGGCAAAACCUUUCCACAGAAGGCACAGUUUGUUACACAUCACAGAACUCAUACCGGAGAAAAACCCUAUGAUUGUAGCCAGUGUGGGAAAGCUUUCUCCCAAAAGUCACAGCUUACGUCCCAUCAGAGGACACAUACAGGAGAGAAGCCAUAUGAGUGUGGCAAAUGCGGGAAAGCUUUCUCCCGGAAGUCACAUCUCAUAUCUCAUUGGAGGACACACACAGGAGAGAAGCCCUAUGGAUGCAGCGAAUGUGGGAGGGCUUUCAGUGAGAAGUCAAAUCUUAUCAAUCACCAGAGGAUUCAUACAGGAGAGAAGCCCUUUGGAUGCCGGGAGUGUGGGAGAGCCUUCAGCAGGAAGUCGCAGCUGGUCACCCAUCACAGGACUCACACAGGAACAAAACCCUAUGGGUGUGCUGAUUGUAGGAAAGCAUUUUUUGAGAAAUCAGAACUCAUCAGACAUCAGACUGUUCACACUGGAGAGAAACCCUAUGAGUGCAGUGAAUGUAGGAAAGCCUUUAGAGAGAGGUCAAGCCUCAUUAAUCAUCAGAGAACCCAUACAGGAGAGAAGCCACAUGGAUGCAUUCAGUGUGGGAAGGCCUUCUCCCAGAAGUCACACCUCAUAUCACACCAGAUGACACACACAGGAGAGAAACCUUUUGCCUGCAGUAAAUGUGGGAAAGCCUUCAGCAGGAAAUCCCAGCUUGUUAGACACCAGAGGACUCAUACUGGAGAAAAACCCUAUGAGUGCAGUGAAUGUGGAAAAGCCUUCAGUGAAAAGUUAAGCCUCACUAAUCAUCAGAGAAUUCAUACGGGAGAAAAGCCGUAUGUGUGCAGUGACUGUGGGAAAGCCUUCUGUCAGAAGUCCCAUCUCAUUUCACAUCAGAGGACACACACAGGAGAGAAACCCUAUGAGUGCACAGAAUGUGGUAAAGCCUUUGGUGAGAAGUCGAGUCUUGCAACUCAUCAGAGAACUCACACAGGAGAGAAGCCAUAUGAAUGYAGGGACUGUGAAAAGGCCUUCUCCCAGAAGUCACAGCUAAAUACUCAUCAGAGAAUCCACACAGGAGAGAAACCCUACAAGUGCAGUCUUUGUACAAGAGCAUUCUUUGAGAAAUCAGAAUUAAUUAGACAUCAGAGAACUCAUACAGGAGAAAAACCUUAUGAGUGCAGUGAAUGCAGAAAAGCCUUCAGGGAGAAGUCAAGUCUCAUUAAUCACCAGAGAAUCCAUACAGGAGAGAAACCCUUUGAAUGCAGGGAAUGUGGCAAAGCCUUCUCUCGGAAGUCACACCUUAUCCCACAUCAGAGGACACACACAGGGGAGAAGCCCUAUGGAUGUGGUGAAUGUAGGAAAGCUUUCUCUCAGAAGUCACAGCUUGUUAAUCAUCAGCGAAUCCACACGGGAGAGAAGCCUUACCAAUGCAAUGAGUGUGGGAAAGCCUUCCCACAGAAGUCCCAGCUCAUUAAUCAUCAGAGAACUCACACAGUAAGGAUGGCCUAGGUGUGCCCUUGAUGGGACAUGUUGACAGAUCUCACUUUGUUCUAUUUCAGAAAAUGCAGUUAUGGUAAUUUUUCAGGUAAUAUUUGCAUCACGUUUUGCAUCAGAGUAUUCCUUAGGAUCAGAACUUUAUAAAUGAAACUAUAUAGGUAGAGCACUCAGCAGGAAGCAUGCGAGAAUACUUGGACACCAGUCUUCAUGGAGCAGAAUGAUACUACGAACACAGUGAGUAACAUAUCCUUCCCAACCAUGGUCAAGUCUUAUGCAGUGGAAAGUUCCAGCAAGGGAAAUCCCACCAAUAUCAGAAAGCCUUCCAGAGGUCAAAUCUCAUUAGCUAUUAAAUAUUACCACAGGAGAUGAGGGAUAAUUCCCAGAAUGCAGCAAGUGAGGCAAUACUUUUUCAUGAAACAAGAGCUUGUUGUACAUAAGAAUAUGCCGUUAGGAAUGAACUUCUAUGAAAUCACUAUCUAUGGGACAUGUACCCCCAGGAUGUUGUACUUUAGAGAGUUCAUGUUGUAGAUAAGCCUAAGAAUUACCUUGGAAAUGUGUGCUCCUGAAGUAAUGCUGUCAUGGAAACCUCACAAUUAUAGAUGUGGGUACCAGCAGUCUAAGUGGCUGACAGAUGUUUCCUUCAAAGUAGGAAGUUUUAAAAAUAUGUGAAUAAAUGAAUCAUUGAAACAUCUGAAUAGGAGAUUUCUUGUAUUUAUGGCUUAUUGUCCUCUGUCACAUAAUGCUUUGUAUUUGGGCAUUGCAGGUAGCUGUUGCAGAAAGCGUGAAGCAUAUGUAGCUUAUGGUCCCUCUGAUGUGUCAAGACACUACAUGUCACUGGCUUUUCUGUCUUAAUACUGUGAAAAGGGUAAUUGAUUUAACAUGGCUUUUUUUGCUAGAAUCAAUAGAUUAGGCAAUAAUAACUCAUUUCUUUUUUCUUAUUGUUUGUUGACAUCUACAGAGAUUGGUUGUUAAUAUUGACCUUCUUCUUCAGUAAUGUUAACAUUUCCAGUGCCCUUAGAGUCUGAGAAACAUUUUAUAUAAAGUCUUGUAUAUGCAGAGGCAGGAACCAAGAGUAGCACAGUGAUACAAGAUAUUGACUGAAAAAGGGGUGGUGAGCUGCAGUCCUCCGCUGCAGACUCCUGAGGGACGAGAGUGGUGACCUGCAGCCCUCUGCUGCAGACUCCUGAGGGACAUAAGGCCUGAGGCUGUUCCUCCUGCCUGUGUUCUCAGGCUGUGGGACCCAGGCACAGCUUGCCUCCGAACUGCUGUGAUGAAAUACAGCUGCUCUGUGUUGCUGCUGUUCUGGGUGUUGUUAAAAAAAAUUAGUUGUGGAAACCAAUUAUUUAAGAGUGACAAUUCACUCUUAAAUAAGUAAAAUACAAUGAAUUUUGUGGUGAAAUACUCUGUGAACAUUCAGGGAAGCGGCUUUUGCCUUCCUGCACAUUUCUGUGACUACUGGACAAGUAUUAGGAAACAAGAUUUCUGUAAUUUCUUCAUUUGACAUAUUUGUGUUUCACCUUCUUUCAAUAGCUCCAUGACUCCUGGGUAAUUUAAAAUAGUAAUUUAAAAUUACUAUUUUAAAUUUCAUUUCCUUUAAAAUGUAGGAAA